AUGGAGCAGAUGGAUUGCAAACCCUACCAGCCACUGUCAAAAGUUAAACAUGAAGUGGAUCUAACUUACACAAGUUCUUCAGAUGAGAGUGAAGAUGGCAGAAAGCAAAGGCAGUCUUAUGACUCAAGAGAAACUCUGAAUGAAUACAGCCAAGAGCUAAGACUGAACUACAACAGUCAAAGCAGAAAAAGAAAAAAUAUUGACCAAUCCACACAAGACAUGGAAUUCUGUGAGACACCCCAUAUUCUGUGCUCUGGCUACCAGACAGACUUACAUGGUGUAUCAGAGCACAGCUACCCACUAGAGGUGGGCUCAGACGUGGAUACUGAAACCGAAGGUGGAGCAUCACCAGAUCAUGCCCUGAGGAUGUGGAUGAGGGGGAUGAAGUCAGAACACAGCUCCUGUCUGUCAAGCCGGGCCAACUCAGCAUUGUCCCUGACUGAUACUGACCAUGAGAGGAAGUCUGAUGGGGAGAAUGGGUAUUAUUCUCCUCUGCUCUGCCCUUGUGAGGUCCCACCUGGAAGCCAGCAAGACAUGCCAGGGAGCCCGCACAACCAGUUCACAUUCAGACCUCUCCCACCACCGCCUCCGCCGCCACACGCGUGCACCUGCACCAGGAAACCACCGCCGGCGGCCGACUCUCUCCAGAGGAGAUCAAUGACGACCCGCAGCCAGCCCAGCCCUGCUGCCCCAACGCCCCCCACCAGCACACAGGAUUCUGUGCAUCUCCAUAACAGCUGGGUCUUGAACAGCAACAUACCGCUGGAAACCAGGCAUUUCCUAUUUAAACAUGGAUCGGGGUCUUCAGCAAUCUUCAGUGCAGCCAGUCAGAACUAUCCUUUAACAUCCAAUACUGUUUACUCUCCACCUCCUAGGCCUCUUCCUAGAAAUACCUUUUCUAGACCUGCCUUCACUUUUAGCAAACCUUACAGGUGUUGCAACUGGAAGUGCACUGCUCUGAGUGCUACUGCCAUUACGGUUACGCUGGCGUUGUUGCUGGCCUAUGUUAUCGCAGUACACUUGUUCGGUUUAACCUGGCAGCUACAGCCUGUUGAAGGGCAGCUGUAUGAAAAUGGAGUUAGCAAAGGAAAUAAGGGAGCAGAAUCCACGGAUACUACUUUCUCACCGAUCGGAGGAAAAGUUUCUGAUAAAACAGAAAAAAAAGUGUUUCAGAAGGGACGGGCCAUAGACACAGGAGAAGUUGAGAUUGGAGCACAAGUUAUGCAAACAAUCCCACCCGGCUUAUUCUGGCGCUUUCAGAUCACCAUCCAUCACCCUGUGUACCUGAAAUUUAACAUUUCACUGGCAAAGGAUUCUCUGCUGGGAAUUUAUGGCAGAAGAAACAUUCCACCUACUCACACCCAGUUUGAUUUUGUAAAAUUGAUGGAUGGAAAGCAGUUAAUUAAGCAGGAACCAAAAAACUCAGAGGAGCCUCAGCAAGCUCCCAGGAAUCUGAUCUUAACUUCACUACAAGAGACAGGCUUCAUUGAGUACAUGGAUCAAGGUGCUUGGCAUAUGGCAUUUUACAAUGAUGGAAAGAAAGUGGAGCAAGUGUUUGUGCUGACCACGGCAAUCGAAGUCCUGGAUGACUGCUCUACUAAUUGCAAUGGGAAUGGAGAAUGUAUCUCGGGGCACUGCCACUGUUUCCCAGGAUUCCUUGGUCCAGAUUGUGCAAAAGAUUCCUGCCCGGUGCUCUGUAGUGGAAAUGGAGAAUAUGAGAAAGGUCACUGUGUGUGUCGAAAUGGGUGGAAAGGACCAGAGUGUGAUGUUCCUGAGGAACAGUGUAUCGACCCGACCUGCUUUGGCCAUGGCACCUGUAUCAUGGGAGUCUGCAUCUGCGUCCCUGGAUACAAAGGGGAGAUCUGUGAGGAAGAGGACUGCCUGGAUCCGAUGUGCUCCGGUCACGGCGUGUGCGUUCAAGGGGAGUGCCACUGCUCCGCGGGCUGGGGCGGCGUGAACUGCGAGACAUCACUGCCCAUCUGCCAGGAGCAGUGCUCAGGGCACGGCACCUUCCUCCUGGACGUGGGGCUCUGCAGCUGUGAGCCACAGUGGACGGGUUCUGACUGCUCUACAGAGCUGUGUACCCUGGACUGCGGCAGCCACGGUGUGUGUUCGAGAGGAAUCUGCCAGUGUGAGGAGGGCUGGGUGGGACCCACCUGUGAGGAGCGCACCUGCCAUUCCCACUGCGCUGAGCACGGGCAGUGCAAAGAUGGGAAGUGUGAGUGCAGCCCUGGAUGGGAAGGGGACCACUGCACCAUUGCUCACUACUUAGAUGCAGUUCGAGAUGGCUGCCCAGGUCUCUGUUAUGGAAAUGGCAGGUGUACUCUUGAUCAGAACGGAUGGCACUGUGUCUGUCAAGUGGGCUGGAGCGGCUCAGGAUGUAACGUUGUCAUGGAAAUGGUGUGUGGGGAUAACCUGGACAAUGACGGAGAUGGCUUGACAGACUGCGUAGACCCCGAUUGCUGUCAGCAAAACAACUGUUAUGUGAGUCCUCUCUGCCAGGGUUCGCCUGAUCCCCUUGACCUUAUCCAACACAGCCAACUGCCUUUCUCUCAGCAUCCUCCAAGGCUCUUUUAUGAUCGAAUCAGAUUUCUUAUUGGGAAGGAAAGCACUCACGUGAUCCCAGGAGAUAUCUCAUUUGAGAGCAGACGUGCAUGUGUCAUUCGUGGCCAGGUGGUAGCAAUAGAUGGAACUCCUUUGGUUGGUGUGAAUGUCAGCUUUCUACACCACAAUGAGUAUGGAUAUACCAUCAGUCGACAAGAUGGAAGUUUCGACCUUGUGGCUGUGGGAGGCAUCUCUGUCACCCUGGUUUUUGACAGAUCUCCUUUCAUAUCUGAAAAAAGGACACUUUGGUUGCCUUGGAAUAGAUUUGUCAUUGUAGACAAAGUUGUAAUGCAAAGAGCAGAAUCAGAUAUACCAUCUUGUGACGUCAGUAGUUUCAUCAGUCCAAAUCCUAUUGUACUCCCUUCACCUCUGACAGCAUUUGGAGGCUCCUGUCCAGAAAGAGGAACUGUUAUUCCAGAGCUACAGGUGGUCCAGGAGGAGAUCCCAAUUCCUUCCAGUUUUGUGAAGCUGAGUUAUCUCAGCAGUCGAACGCCGGGGUACAAAACUUUGCUGCGCGUUAUUCUGACGCACACAACGAUCCCUUCUGGAAUGACAAAAGUACAUCUGAUCAUUGCUGUUGAGGGACGCCUGCUUCAGAAAUGGUUUCCUGCUGCAGCCAAUUUGGUCUACACAUUUGCCUGGAAUAAGACAGAUAUAUAUGGACAGAAGGUUUCUGGUCUGGCAGAAGCUAUGGUGUCGGUGGGAUAUGAAUAUGAGACAUGUCCUGAUUUUAUUCUGUGGGAGAAAAGAACAGUAAUCCUUCAAGGCUUUGAAAUGGAUGCUUCAAAUCUGGGAGGCUGGUCCAUAAACAAACACCAUGUAUUAAAUCCACAAAGUGGAAUUGUACACAAAGGAAACGGUGAAAACAUGUUCAUUUCCCAGCAGCCACCGGUCAUCUCCACUGUGAUGGGCAAUGGACACCAGAGGAGUGUCUCCUGCUCCAACUGCAAUGGUCUUGCACUCAACAGCAAACUCUUUGCCCCAGUUGCUCUGACUUCUGGGCCUGAUGGGAGUGUGUAUAUUGGAGACUUCAAUUUUGUCAGACGGAUCUUUCCCUCUGGAAACUCUAUUGGCAUAUUAGAGUUGAGGAAUAGAGACACAAGGCACAGUACAAGUCCUGCACAUAAAUAUUACUUGGCUGUUGACCCAGUGUCAGAAUCCCUUUACUUGUCAGAUACCAAUACCAGAAGAGUUUACAAAGCAAAAUCACUCAUUGAAACAAAGGACCUGGCCAAAAACGUGGAUGUGGUGGCAGGAACAGGUGAUCAGUGCCUCCCAUUUGACCAGAGUCACUGUGGAGAUGGUGGGAAGGCAUCAGAGGCAUCUCUCAACAGCCCAAGAGGUAUCACUAUAGAUAAGCAUGGAUUUAUUUAUUUUGUUGACGGUACCAUGAUUCGGAAAAUUGAUGAGAAUGGCGUGAUCACAACAGUAAUAGGUUCCAACGGCCUCACAUCAACCCAGCCAUUGAGCUGUGACUCUGGAAUGGACAUCACUCAGGUGCGGUUAGAGUGGCCAACAGACCUGACAGUGAACCCACUGGACAACUCGCUGUACGUCCUGGACAACAACAUCGUCCUGCAGAUCUCUGAGAGCAGACGUGUGCGCAUCAUCGCAGGGCGCCCCAUUCACUGCCAGGUGCCCGGCAUCGACCACUUCAUCGUCAGCAAGGUGGCCAUCCACUCCACCCUGGAGUCAGCCCGAGCCAUCGCUGUGUCCCACAGCGGGAUUCUUUACAUUGCUGAGACUGAUGAAAGAAAGAUCAACCGCAUACAACAGGUCACAACCAACGGCGAGAUCUCCAUAAUCGCCGGAGCCCCGUCAGAUUGUGACUGCAAGAUUGAUCCUAAUUGUGACUGUUUCUCAGGUGACGGUGGAUAUGCCAAAGAUGCAAAGCUGAAAGCACCUUCCUCCCUAGCAGUCUCUGCUGAUGACACGCUGUACGUAGCAGACCUUGGCAACGUUCGCAUCCGCGCCAUCAACCGAAACAAGGCUCACCUCAGUGACACGAAUCUGUACGAGAUUGCGUCACCGGCAGACCAAGAGCUGUAUCAGUUCACCAUCAAUGGCACCCACCUGCACACCCUGAACCUCAUCACGAGGGACUACAUUUACAACUUCACCUACAGCGGAGAAGGGGAUGUUGUCACCAUUACCAGCAGCAAUGGGAAUUCGGUGCACAUCCGCCGAGACACGAGUGGCCUGCCCCUGUGGGUCGUGGUGCCGGGUGGCCAGGUAUACUGGCUGACAAUAAGCAGCAAUGGUGUUCUGAAAAGGGUUUAUGCCCAAGGCUACAACCUGGCUCUGAUGACAUAUCCUGGAAACACAGGACUUCUGGCAACCAAAAGUGAUGAAAAUGGAUGGACCACUGUGUAUGAGUACGACUCUGAUGGCCACCUGACCAAUGCCACAUUCCCAACUGGGGAAGUCAGCAGUUUCCACAGUGAUGUUGAAAAACUGACGAGAGUGGAACUUGAUACUUCAAACCGGGAGAACGUGGUCACAGCUACAAACUUCUCAGCUACUUCUACAAUAUAUACUUUAAAACAAGAUAACACACAGAAUAUCUACCGGGUCAGCCCAGAUGGGUCUCUGAGAGUCACCUUUGCCAGUGGAAUGGAAAUCACGCUUAACACAGAGCCUCAUAUUCUAGCAGGAGUAGUCAGUCCCACUUUAGGGAAGUGCAAUAUCUCCCUUCCUGGAGAGCAUAACUCAAAUCUCAUUGAAUGGAGGCAAAGGAGGGAGCAGACCAAAGGCAAUAUCUCCACGUUUGAGAGAAGGCUAAGGGCCCACAAUAGAAAUCUGCUCUCCAUUGAUUUUGACCAUGUCACCAGAACUGGAAAGAUCUAUGAUGAUCAUCGAAAAUUCACUCUUCGGAUUAUGUAUGACCAGACAGGGCGGCCGGUUCUGUGGUCACCCAUCAGCAAAUACAAUGAGGUCAACAUCACUUAUUCCCACUCUGGAUUAGUGACCUAUAUCCAAAGAGGAACCUGGACUGAGAAAAUGGAGUAUGAUCCAAGUGGAAACAUCGUUUCCAGAACAUGGGCAGAUGGCAAAAUAUGGAGUUACACGUACUUAGAAAAGUCUGUGAUGCUCCUGUUGCACAGCCAGCGCCGCUACAUCUUUGAAUAUGACCAGUCAGACUACCUGCUGUCGGUCACCAUGCCCAGCAUGGUACGCCAUGCCUUGCAGACCAUGCUCUCUGUUGGGUACUAUCGCAACAUCUACACCCCGCCGGACAGUGGUGCGGCCUUCAUACAGGACGUCACCAGAGAUGGACGGCUUCUGCAGACGUUGUAUCCCGGGACGGGACGCAGAGUCCUCUAUAAGUACUCCAAACAGUCUCGACUUUCUGAGAUUCUUUAUGACACUACUCAAGUCACAUUUACCUACGAGGAAUCUUCUGGCGUUAUUAAAACCAUACACUUAAUGCAUGAUGGCUUCAUCUGCACCAUCAGAUACAGGCAAACAGGUCCGCUUAUCGGUCGCCAGAUCUUCAGGUUUAGUGAAGAAGGGCUCGUCAAUGCCAGGUUUGACUACAGUUACAACAAUUUCCGUGUCACCAGUAUGCAGGCCAUGAUAAACGAGACGCCUCUGCCCAUUGAUCUGUACCGUUACGUUGAUGUCUCUGGCAGGACUGAACAAUUUGGGAAAUUCAGUGUAAUUAAUUAUGAUUUAAAUCAAGUUAUUACCACCACUGUGAUGAAACAUACCAAAAUUUUUAGUGCCAACGGCCAGGUGAUUGAAGUUCAGUAUGAAAUUCUCAAGUCAAUUGCUUACUGGAUGACCAUCCAGUAUGAUAAUAUGGGCCGGAUGGUGAUCUGUGAUACACGCAUUGGUGUAGAUGCCAAUAUCACACGGUAUUUUUAUGAGUAUGAUGCUGAUGGUCAGCUUCAGACUGUGUCUGUGAAUGAUAAAACCCAGUGGCGCUACAGCUACGACCUUAAUGGCAACAUCAACUUGCUGAGCCAUGGAAACAGUGCACGCCUCACUCCUCUGAGAUACGACCUUAGAGAUCGCAUUACCAGACUUGGAGAAAUUCAAUAUAAAAUGGAUGAAGAUGGUUUUCUCAGGCAAAGAGGCAAUGAGAUCUUUGAGUACAACUCUAACGGUCUGCUGAACAAAGCAUACAACAAAGUGUCUGGCUGGACUGUUCAAUACUGUUACGAUGGUCUUGGAAGACGAGUUGCAAGCAAAUCAAGCCUGGGACAACACCUGCAGUUCUUUUAUGCUGAUCUCUCCAACCCAAUACGAGUUACUCACUUGUACAAUCAUAGCAGCUCAGAAAUAACAUCUCUGUAUUAUGAUCUUCAAGGUCAUCUCAUUGCAAUGGAAUUGAGCAGUGGAGAAGAAUAUUAUGUUGCUUGCGAUAACACAGGAACACCUCUAGCCGUAUUUAGCAGCCGGGGCCAAGUCAUAAAAGAAAUUUUGUACACUCCAUAUGGAGAGAUCUACCAGGACACUAAUCCAGAUUUUCAGGUUGUCAUUGGUUUUCAUGGAGGGCUCUAUGAUUCUCUCACCAAAUUGGUUCAUCUGGGUCAGCGGGAUUACGAUGUUAUUGCUGGUCGGUGGACAACACCAAACCAUCACAUAUGGAAACACCUGAAUGCUGUCCCACAACCAUUCAAUCUCUACUCAUUUGAAAACAACUACCCGGUUGGCAGGAUCCAAGAUGUUGCUAAGUAUACAACAGACAUUGGAAGUUGGCUAGAGUUAUUUGGUUUUCAGUUGCACAAUGUACUGCCUGGGUUUCCAAAACCAGAGAUCGAAGCUUUGGAGACAACAUAUGAACUUCUACAGCUUCAAACAAAAACCCAGGAGUGGGACCCUGGAAAGACUAUCCUUGGUAUUCAGUGUGAGCUACAGAAGCAACUCCGAAACUUUAUAUCCUUGGAUCAACUUCCUAUGACCCCCAGGUAUAGUGAUGGCAAGUGCUAUGAGGGAGUGAAGCAACCGAGGUUUGCAGCUAUUCCUUCAGUGUUUGGAAAAGGCAUCAAAUUUGCUAUCAAGGAUGGCAUCGUCACAGCAGACAUUAUCGGUGUGGCUAACGAGGACAGCCGGCGCAUCGCUGCCAUACUCAACAACGCUCACUAUCUGGAGAACCUGCACUUCACCAUAGAGGGCCGGGACACGCAUUACUUCAUCAAGCUGGGGUCUCUGGAAGAAGAUUUGGCCCUAAUUGGCAACACUGGAGGACGACGCAUCCUGGAGAACGGAGUGAAUGUCACAGUGUCGCAAAUGACUUCUGUGAUCAAUGGGAGGACUAGACGCUUCGCUGACAUACAGCUGCAGCACGGCGCACUGUGCUUUAACGUUCGCUACGGAACGACCGUGGAAGAGGAAAAGAACCAUGUCCUAGAGGUAGCCAGGCAGAGAGCUGUGGCUCAGGCCUGGACUAAGGAGCAGAGACGGCUGCAGGAGGGGGAAGAGGGGAUUAGGGCAUGGACAGAUGGAGAGAAACAGCAGCUUCUAAACACUGGGCGGGUACAAGGUUACGAUGGAUAUUUUGUUUUGUCAGUGGAGCAGUAUCUCGAACUUUCUGACAGUGCCAAUAAUAUUCACUUUAUGAGACAGAGUGAAAUAGGCAGAAGGUAA